AUGACUGACAAAAGUGACAACACCAACACCUCCACACAAACUGCUCCCCUACAUCCUGUUUAUACCGUUACUGAUAUCACCAAGAAGGAAGUUCUCGACCACAUCACCGCAGAACCGCCGUCUAAAGAAGAUCCCACAUAUGCUCAAUGGAUGAAGAUUGAUGCUGUUGUACUUCAGUGGAUAUACAACACACUAUCCUCUGACUAUCUCCUUCGGGUCCUUGAAGAACCAUCUACGGCCUUCCAAGCUUGGAAUCGGGUCAAGAACAUCUUCCAUAGCAACAAAGGUCCUCGCUGUGCCGCCCUUCAAUCUUGCUUUGUCAACCUGAAACUCAGUUCUGUGUCUUCGUUGGAAGCCUACUGCCAAACCCUUCGGGAUUUGGCAGCCCAGUUAGAUGAUGUGGGUAGCCCGGUUAAUGAGCAAACUUUAGUUCUGCAACUGGUUCGGGGUCUGCCUCGGGAGUAUGACACUAUCGGUUCUAUCAUUAAUCGUGAACUUCCCUCCUGGAACGAGGCAUGUGAGAUGCUUCGUGGCGAUAUGGAACGACAGGCUGCUCGAGACGGCACUGGUCCCAAUUCGGAAGCACAUGCAGCCGUCGCCCCAACUCCCAGCCGUGAUGGUUCCCCUCGUGAUACUCAGCCUACUCGAAUUCAGAACUAUGACUCGAACCGUCCCACCCGGUUCAAUCAAAACCGCCGCAGCGGCCCACGCUGGGACAACCCAAACCGCAACCAAAACCCAACUAACGGCCCAAUUAAUUCUGGCCCAGCCCACUAUCGUUCAGGCACUUCCGGGUCUGGGUCCAGCAGCCGUGGCUCAUCUAAUCGGAACCCGCCAAGAAACUCGUGGAACCAGCAGUACUAUCCCAUGCCACCACCGUGUUGGGCCAACUCGUUCUGGGCCAAUCCACUACCCCCGUGCCCCUACCCAACCUAA